AUGUCUCUCAUUUUGGUGCCACGGCUACGACCACUCCUGAAGUUCGUGUGGCACUGCUUCUUGAGACCAAUAGGUGUGUCCGAUCAGAGGACGAGACUUGACAAGUUCUACGAGGGGCAGGCUGAGGUUUAUGAUACGACUCGCAACGGUCUCCUUCGCGGCCGGCGCACCAUGUUGAGUCUCUCUGCUGGGCAUCUCCAUGCUCUGCGCUCGCAAAACCCGGGCAAACCCCUCAUAUGGGUGGAUAUUGGUGGAGGUACAGGUCAUAACAUUGAGAUGAUGGACAAACACUACCCGAUAUCGUCCUUCGACAAAGUCUACCUCAUCGACCUUUGCGAGCCUCUUCUGCAAGUUGCUCGUAAACGCUUUGCGAAGAGGGGCUGGAACAACGUCGUCGUACUCUGUCAAGACGCAUCCGAAUUCUCUCUUCCCGAAUGGGGCAACGACGUGGAUCCGAAGGGAAGCGUAGGCUUCAUCACCAUGAGCUAUUCUCUCUCCAUGAUUCCCAGCUUCUACGCACUUAUGGACCGUAUUGACUACGUUCUAGCCCCAGAGGACGGUCUCUUGGGUGUCGUCGACUUCUACACUUCAGGUCGUCAGCCAUCUCUUCAUGAGAAAGCUAUUGGGGGUGGGGGCAAGGAAUGCGGUUGGCUCAGUCGGUGGUUCUGGCAGAUCUGGUUUGACUUCGAUCACGUUUCUCUCUCACCACACCGACGUGACUACCUGGAGUACAAGUUUGGAACAGUCAAAAGCUACAACGGGCGUAAUCGAUUCGUUCUUCCGUUCAUCAUCCGGAUACCCUAUUACAUCUGGCUCGGCCGCCCGCGCUCAUGCGACGUUUCUCGAUUCUGUCAUGCCUUCGAAGUUGAAGGGGGCAACACUGUUGGAAACUGUUCUCCCUCGUCACUCAUGCCUGUGAAAGAGACAGAAAUGGUUCCAUCGCUGACUAUCGGCGAGCCGGUGGUUCCGUCUCCUUCACCUCAGAGAGAGUUGACGAGGAGUGAGACUGUCAUCGAUGUUACCAUGCCAUUGAGCUCCUUCCAUUACCAGGUCAACAGCACAUGGCGCCUACCUUACUACGAGCACCCGGUCCAUAAAGAAUUUAGGACCUUCAUUUAUUCAUUCACUUGGGCCAGUCGGAUCAUUUCUAAUCCCUCUGAGGAUCCUUUCGAGGACAUGAAGCAUCUGGACCUUACUGAGCACGACUCUGUGUUCGUCAUCACGAGUGCCGGGGACAAUGCAUUGCACUACGCUAUUGGCGCACGACCUAAACGCAUACAUUGUGUCGACAUGAACCCAUGCCAAGGCCAUUUACUCGAGCUGAAACUCGCUGCCAUCCAAGCGCUCUCUUACACCGACUUCUUCUCUCUGUUCGGACGCGGCUCCCAUCCUUCCUUCCGGUCUCUCCUCGAUACCCACCUUGCACCACAUCUCUCUUCUAAUGCCUACCAAUUCUGGCGGAUCAACUCAUCUGCGUUUCACUCAUCUUUCUACCUCCACGGCUACUCGGGCUGGGCGCUUCGAUUGGCCCGGGUUCUUUUCUCCAUGGCCGGUGUGUCACAAGAGGUCAAGAAUCUGUGUAACGCCGGUACGCUAGAGGAGCAGACGAGAAUAUGGAAGGAGAAGCUGAGGCCAGUACUGUUAAACCCGUUGGUGGUGGCACUGUUGAAAAGCCCGGUGUUCUGCUGGAAUGCGCUGGGUGUUCCUAAAAACCAGAGGAAGAUGUUGUUGGACGAGGGGAGUAUGUGGGAGUUCGUGAGAGAUACUCUGGACCCGAUUCCGAGUUCGUACCUUCUCAAGAAGGGCGCCUAUCAUUACCUCCUGACGCUUUUGGGCCACUAUACCCCCGAGUCCUGUCCAGCAUAUCUUUCUAAAGAGGGUUAUGAUGCUCUAAGAGCUGACAGUGGCGCAGCUCUGAACGCCUUCCGUCUUCAUACCGACUCCAUCCUGAACGUGCUUCGUGGCCUCGCCAAGCACUCCUUAACGCGUGCCGUCAUCAUGGAUCAUCUGGACUGGUUCGCUCCUGGCUCAGAGGAAGUCGAGGAGGAGGUUACGGAGUUCCGCAGGGUGCUGGCGCCCGGUGGGUUCGUCCUGUGGCGUUCGGCGGCAAGGCAGCCCUGGUAUAACGAAGUGUUCGAGAGACAAGGUUUUGAGUUGACCUCGCUGGGCGUGAGGCAAGGGCCAAAGGUAGCGAUUGACAGGGUCAAUAUGUAUGCUUCGUUUUGGAAGGCGGUUAGAGUUUGA